AGUCGCACGUAAGUCAGAAGGCUUUUAGAGAUGGCCAGAAACAUUCUUUACGUUGUGCCAUUGUGGUUUGUGUUGUUAGUGACGUGGGCAGGUAAAAAUAAUUUUCUCAAACCAAAAAUAUAUAUCAUGUGGUGUGUGUAUUCUCAUCUUCAAAUAUUUUCAUUUAUAUUUCAUCUGUGAAUACGUGACAUAUUGUUUCUAUAUAAAUAAUUACUAUCCGGUGAUUCUUUUAGAGAAACUAUUAUAUAUAUUACAUGCAACGAUAAUAUACGAUGACAUAAUCAAAAUGGAAAUUUCUAAUACAUGUAAUGCGUAAUAAAUACAUAGGUAGUGAUUUAUUAACAUGAAGCUCUUAAGAGAUUAUUAAAUUUUAGAAAAUAAUGUUAAAAUAAAAUACUCCAUUUUUAAUUCAUCAGUUAACAGUUACAAAAUAUCAUAUCAAAUAGUGCCAUUUUUCUAUUCUUGUAUUCAGAGAAUAUUGAAUUUUUACUACAAUAUUACAAUGUAAUAAUAAUUUGUUGCUGUUUAUUUAAUUAUUAAGCUUUUAAGAAGUUAUCAAAUUUAAAGAAUAAUGUUGAAAUAAAAUAUUUCUUUUUUAAUUCAUCAAUUUAUUAUUUAAAAAUUGAUAUGAAAUAUUGUAUCAAACAUUAUGUUUCUAAUUUUAUAUUCAGAGAGAUAUUAAUUUUUAUUUUAAUCUUUUCAUUUUUCUAAUUUUGUUAUUUCUCUAUUAUUAUAGUCAGUUGGAGAUAUUAAAUAUAUAAAUUGCAUAGAAAUCAUAAAAAUCUUAUUUCAUUACUUUAUGUUUUAUCUCAUUGUUCAUUGUAAAUGAUAAAUAUAAAUUCAUUUCAAUUAAGUAACAAAUGAUAAAAAUAAGUCUUACGGUUUUGAUUUUAUAAUUUAUAUGUUUUUGCAAAUAACAUAUUAUAUCUUCAUUCAUAAAAAUUGAGAUUUUUUUCAAUCGUUACAGCAUAUUUCGCUGAUAUCAAUUAUUUUUUUCUUUUCAUGGACAUUUUGAUUAUAUAAGUUGUUGUUUUGUAAGAAAUUGUAGAAUUACAGCUAAUUUUAAACAUGGAUAUUAAAGGAAAAAUUCUCUUUCUACUAUGACAUUUAUGUAUCAUGAUAUUAUUACUAAUUACAAUUAAUAACUAUUUGAACAACUCAAUUAUUUUUAUUUUAUUGAAUGAAGUUUUAAAUUUAAAAACUUUUUUAAAUUUUUAUUCAGUAUAAGCUUUAAAUUAUAAGUUUUUAUUGAAUUAAAACAUAAACGGAACAUAUACUUUAUCAGUAAUUAUUUUUCUUAAUUUACUGAGUUGUAUCAUAAUUGGAAUAUUAAUUCACUAUUUUAAGAAUUAAUUGUUGAUGUUAUAAAUAAAAUUGGUGUUAUAUCAAAAUUUGUAGCAACGUUAUAAAAUAUGAAACUAAAAGCGCACAACCUCUUUCUACGUGUCACAUAAUUCUUUUGCAUUGAAAAUUGACUUUUUUGCAUUGAAAACUGAGAUAACUAAGCAAAGAUAUAAAGUCACGUUCUUUUUUUAAGUAUGAGUUUAUAACACUAAUUUUUUGUAUCACAUAUAUGUAUCAAUUUAGUUAUGAAAUGGAGUAAAGUGUUCAAAUAAAAUGAUAUAGCAUUGGAAAGUGUCAUUCUAUUUAAAUGGUAAUUUUAUUGAUUAUAUUUUUCUAACAUAUUGAGAACAUGUGUUUAAAGUCAUCAAAUCGUCAAUUUUCUAAGACAAACUUAGUGUAUAAGAGUUAAUGACACAUAUUUCCAUUUCCUAGAAAAAUAAUUUUCUUCAUCGUUUUAUAAAUUUUUGUAGAAAGUAAUGAGAAGUUUAUGCGAAUAUUUUCCUAGUUAUAGUAACGAAGAUAGUCGUAUAGUAGUACUAUAACUUUUGUUCAUACUAAUCGUAUGUCAGUUCAUUAUAAUUAAUGGAUUUUUAUGUAAAUUCAUAUUUUUGUGAACCAAAAAAAAAUGAAAUUGUAGUAGAAAAUUGUUUUACAUAUUGAAUACAGAAAGCACUAUAAUUUGGAUACUCUAUAUAUUUUUUCGUAUAAUACAUAUAUUAUCUGCAAUUUUGUACUUAAAUCUAUGAAAAUCCUGCAAAUCUAUAAAACUCUGCAAUCUAAUUAUAAUUAUUAGCAAUUAUAAAAAGGGAUUGAACUGUUAGCUAUAUAAAAAGGGACAAUUGAGCAUAAAGUGAGGUAAAUUUAUUAUUUAAUUUAUUGUACUAUUUAUUUAUUCAAUUUAUUAUACUAUUUUAUUAAUAUAUAAUUUUACUAUUGUAAUAAAUUAAUUUAUCUAAUUUAUUAUAAUAAAUAUACAUUUUUUGCUUGCUUUCAUUCGCGAAUGAUCAUUCAAUUCGUUGAACGUUAGUCUAUUUUUCAAUGUAUCAAACUGAAAUGUGUUACAAUCUAUUCGUUUGUGUGAUGUUCCUUUUAAAAAAAAACGAGAACUAACUAUGAUAAAACUUAUAGCUAAUAACGGAAGGUUUUCUGCUUGAAACGUAUCACGAUGGGACGUAUCUCAUUUCGUAGAUGAUCGCGUUUUCCUCACAGAGGAAAAUGAACGACGAUGGAACACACCACCGGAGCUCAUACCAGAGCAACUAAUCAAAACGUCCAAUGCGAAAAACGGACGAUCGUUGUCUAUUCCAAUCACGACAAAUAUCAACGUAAACACGGGAAACAAUGCAUACUCUUUGGGCUUUCAACUACGGCCUGAAGGCGUUAGCUACUCUGAAAGCAACAGUUUUAAUCAUCCAUUGUCUGGAGCGAGUGGGAGCAUUUCGCAAAGUCAGUCGGUGUCAUUCUCCGCAGGAGUAAGUCAACAUUAUCCUACUUAUGGUAAUCAAGGAAAUAUCAAUAGCCAAACGGUUGGUUUUGGCAGUGCAGCUGCUUCUUCGUCGAGUAGUAAUCAAAACGGCCAUGCGACUUCAGCUAUCAUGUCUUCGAAAGGAAUGAUUAUCCGGUUUCCAGGGCAAAGUCAAAAUCGACCAAUUUGGACCAACAUUCGUCCUAACAAUAAUAAUAAUAAUGGUCACCAUUCUUCACGUAUGCCAAAAUUAAACAUCACAAUAAAACCGCAACAUGAACAAAAUCAUGGCCCAAUUAAGUUACACGUUUCGGCACAUGGAACAAGAUGGAACGAUAAUCAAUCAAAAAUUCAUAUACACAAAUGGCAACAUAAUUCUGGAAAUUAUGACGAUGAUGAACGAAGAUGAACAAAAAUAUAUUAAUAACUUUAUUUAUCUUGUAAUUGUCUUUUUAAUGGAUUGAUGAAACAAUAAUGAACAAAGAUAAACAAUGGUAUACAAAUAACUUUGAUCUUAUUUUAUUUAUCUUACGCUAUUUUAGUAAUGAAAUAAAUAAAUAAUUUUUAAAUUUAGAAUUUACAUUUGCAUAAUUAUAUUUACAUAAUUGUAAAAAUUAAUGUAAUUUCAUUUUUAGGUUCUCUGUUUA